AAGGGGAACAAAGCAGGUGGCUAAUGGGCUGUUUUUCUGUUUCAGUGGAGCAUGACAGAGAGUUUCACCAUCAGCGCUGCCACUACCGAGAGUUCAGGUUUGAUCUCUCCAGAAUCCCAGAGGGGGAAGCAGUGACGGCUGCCGAGUUCAGAAUAUACAAGGAUUACAUCCGCGAACGCUUCGAUAAUGAAACGUUUCAGAUUAGUGUCUACCAGGUACUCCAGGAGCACCCAGGAAGGGAUUCAGAUUUGUUCCUGCUCGACUCUCGAACAAUCUGGGCCGCAGAAGAAGGGUGGCUGGUGUUUGACAUUACUGCAACCAGUAAUCACUGGGUGGUGAAUCCUCAACACAAUCUUGGCCUGCAGCUCUCCGUGGAAGGCAUUGAUGGGCAAAGCAUCAAUCCCAAACUGGCGGGUCUCAUCGGAAGGCAUGGCCCACAGAACAAGCAGCCGUUCACGGUAGCCUUCUUCAAAGCCACCGAGGUCCAUCUCCGCAGCAUUCGCUCCACGGGAGGGAAGCAAAGGAGCCAGAAUCGAUCAAAAACGCCAAAGAACCAGGAAGCCUUCCGCGUGUCCAACAUCGCAGAGAACAGCAGCAGCGACCAGCGACAAGCCUGCAAGAAGCACGAGCUCUACGUCAGCUUCAGGGACCUGGGGUGGCAGGACUGGAUCAUCGCUCCGGAGGGCUAUGCUGCGUACUACUGUGAAGGAGAAUGUGCUUUCCCGUUGAAUUCAUACAUGAAUGCUACAAAUCAUGCCAUUGUACAGACACUGGUUCACUUUAUAAACCCAGAGACUGUGCCGAAACCCUGCUGUGCUCCUACACAACUCAAUGCCAUCUCAGUGCUCUAUUUUGAUGACAGCUCCAAUGUUAUCUUAAAAAAAUACAGGAACAUGGUGGUACGAGCAUGUGGCUGUCAUUAGACUGGUAGGAAAGAAAAAAAAAAAGGUUAUUUGUAAAGAGUGGUUUUGUACGGCUCUGUGGGGGAGGGGAAAAGGUUAGCACUCCAGCAACGGGUUUAAAAAAAAUCCCAAACAGUUCUUAGGAUGGGGCUUCUGAAAGUUCAGACAAUGGAACAGUUUCUGGAUCUAAGUGGCAUUUGAACACAUUUUGUUUUCGUUUAUUACAGACAAUGAGCUUGUAAACUGAAACAAGCCAGAGAAACCAUUUAAAACCAAAUCUGCCUACAAAAUUGGCUCCAACAAUAAAUACUUUUGGAAAUGAGUCUUUCUGAGGAUUGCAAACUCACUGGUGUUGAUUGUGAGUUAGAAAAUAAUAAUCUACCCAAGGUGAGAAUGUGCUGUGACUAAUAAGCAUGUGUAGUUCCUGUAAUACAGUUUGCAAUAAAAUAAGUGAACAAAA